UUUUGAUCAAAAUGUACCAGCUGAAGAAUACCUUAAUGAUGAACAAAUUACAAAUAUUGUCCAAUUUGAAGAAAUAAGUGAAAAUGAUAAUGGUUCAUCAGAUGAGGAAAUACCUUUGAUACAAAAGAUUAAUACGCCAGUUGAUAUUAAUGAAUUGUUUGAUCCAAAUAUUUUUGCAUCCACUUCACAAAAACUUAAAACACAAAGAGAAUUAAUUGAAAAUUCUGGCAACAGAAUCAAACACAAAAAAAAAAUUGAUAUCAUGUCUUGGCAAAUAGCCUCAGAUGAAAUAAAUGAAUAUUUGCAAUUAUUUUUUAUCAAAAUCCAUCGUUGGUGGAUAACAAUUCCAGUCGUAAGAGAAGUAUUUGAAAUUUUAGCCUUGGACAAUUCAAUUAGUGAUGUAGGUGGUUGUUCAAUUACGAUUGGUAAAACUGGAUCUGUUUUAAUUGGUUGUAAGAAUGGUGAUAGCAUCUCUGUCAAUGUUGAACUUCCACCUGAAACUCUUAGAAGAACGAAUCUUGGAGAAUUAAAAAUUGGUGAUAAAGUAAAUUUAGUAAGACCUUUAACAUCGUCAUUUAAUGAUGAACAUUUUCUACAACAUAAAUGCGAUAUAUGUCAAAGGUCUUAUAAUCGAUUAGAACAUUUAGUUCGUCAUAGUAGAGUACAUACUGGAGAGAAGAAAUCACAUGAAUGCAAUUGGGGCGGAUGUACCAAAAAAUUCUCCAGAUCAGAUCAACUCACAAGACAUCGUCGAACACAUAAUAACAAUUCAUUACGGCAUAAAUUGAAAUUAUCAGAUGGUUCGUCAUAUAUUCGUAUCGGUGGAGUAGGAUUGGUUAUUAAAACCAUUAUGCCAUUGAAAGAAAUUGGUGAUAAAGUGAAAUCAAAAUUAUGA